AUGGCUGAGAGUCCUGCGCCAACGGUUCAGGUCACGGUCAAAGAGCCCGUCUCACCUUAUCAGGUGAUGGCACUCAGAGUAAGUUAAUAUUUUUUGUUUUUUUAAAGUUUUAGGGGAUCAAUAUUGGACAAAUAAGCUUUUAAACGACAAGUAGAAUGUUUUGAAAUUUUUGAAAAGGUUUUUAUUAAACUGUAAAGGUACUGUAACAUCAGUUUACGAUCCUGUUUCUUCAGGGCACGAUCGUUGGCUGUGGAGUUUUGGGAGCAUAUUUGUUUGUGAGAAGGUCAAAGCUGUUUGCAUCGUUGAAGAAUGUCAGCGAGAUCCCAGACGCUUUUAUUCGAAAGGAAAUGCAGUUGAAAGGCAUUAUUCGCCAGGUAGAUACGAACGGAGUCUUCCGGAUCGAACAUCAGCCAGUUAUUGGACUUCCAAGGUUUUUGAGAGCAAAAAGACCUAAUGUAAGUUAAUUUUUAUGUGUUUUCUUGGUUUUUAGGUAAAAUACGGCUCUUGUUGAUGUACGUUUAAAAUACAAAGUUUAAACUUACUGUUUAAGAUAGUAACACUGAAAAAUGGCAGUUUUUUGACAAAAAAAGUCAAAAAGUAUACCUAUUAUUUUCAGCAAGAACUAUUAAUACUUCGUUUGGCUGGACUGGACGUUUCUCCAGCUGGAGUAGCAUAUAUUAACAAAGAUUUAAAGCUAAAGGACAGGAAGGUGUUUUUUCAACCUAUCAAAGCAACAGCAAGCGAUCCGAACUCAUUUGAUUGUGAUUUGACCGUCAAGAAGGUAGGAUAAUAUAUGAUUUGAUGAAUCUUUUAGAACACUUUUGUUUUAUCAAAUGUUUAUGUUUUAGAUUAUAAAAUAAUGUUUGCUUUUGCUUUUGUUCAUCUUUAGCUGUGUUUAAAGCAAUUUUUCUUGAGAUAUGUCUAAUUAUAUUACACAACCUACCUUAAUAUCCAAAAAAUCAAAUUUUUCAAUUUUCAGAGCUUCAUAGGCUUAACAAAUCUAAACGUUGACUUGGUGCGUAAAGGAUAUGCUAAAGUGUACACAUUGGAUCAAAAACAACAUUACGAUGCACUACAGACGAGUUCAGCCUACUCAAGAUUGGUGACGAAGCUGCUAAUGUCGGAGAAGGUGGCCGAAAGUCGAGGUGUUGGAGUGUGGAAUCAAUCUGGAUGGGUGGAGAAAGUUGAAUCAUUGCCAUCAGCAGCUGGUCAAAUUGUUCGAGCUGCGGCUAUCUUUAAGUUCUUUGUAAGUUUGGGGAAGGUUAAUGACAAUAUAGGGUGAUAGGUGGUUUGAGGGAUGUUUUAAUGGUUUUGCAGGUAUUAGUGAAAAUUAAGGUGAUUUUUUGGUUUAAUAUGAAAGUUUAGCUUAUCUGUUACCUAAACUUAUAAAUUCGAAGGGUGGGGUGAAGGGAUUUUUAAGUUAUACGGGUUUGAGUAUAUUGUAGUAGACGGCUAAACUUUUUGAAGAUUUUAGAUUUUCUGGUAACGUUUAAGACUAUUUUACGAUUUCAUAUGAAAUUCUAGUGUAUUUGUUACAUAAAAAUAUAAAUUUGAAGCUAAGGGUAAUGGUAUUUUUAAGUUAUACGUUUUUGAGUAUGUUGUGGUAGACGGCUUGUAGGUAUCGGAACUUUUUGAUAAUUUUUGAUUUUCUAGUGAAAUAUAAGUUCAUUUUAUGAUUUUAUAUGAAAUUCUAGUGUAUUUGUUACCUAAAAAUAUAAAUUUGAUGGUAGGGGUAAAGACAUUUUUAAGUUAUACGCUUUUGAGUAUGUUGUAGUAAACAGCUUGUAGGUAACGAUACUUUUUAAUGAUUUUAGGUAUUUUAUGGAGUUUAUAAAGCCAUUUUAUGACUGUUAAUGAUAGAUUUGUUAACUCAUUAGUUAAAAAUUAAGAUUUUUAAGACUCUUGUUCGUAUUUUACAAACCAUUGACCUUUUUAUCAUGGAUAAUAUAAUUUUAAUCCCAAAAACCAAAAAUUUCGUUUCAUUGACAAAAUAUUUAUGAUAUAACUUUAGAAUUUGCUCUGGCGAGUUCUGGUUGACCUGUUCCACUUCACACUUCAUCUGCUACGUCAUGCCUAUCACCUGAGCGCAGCGACUGCGUCGCUAGCGGCCGACGCCUACCGUAGUUUUGGCCGCCGCGUGGACGAAUGGAUAAAGUUCUACGACCGGCUGAAGCACCGCCUAAUGGGCUCGAAGGCCUUGAAGAAACAGUAG